AUGGGUACCGGUGGUCAUUGCCAAGGGGCCAGCCUAAGCUUAUCUCUUCUACUUGUGACCGGCUUUGGGUUGUAUUCGGUUCCUUUACUAGUUUAUGAAUAUGUUGGUAAUGGGACUCUUUACCAACAUUUACAUGAAUGUCUUGAGAACCAAGCGAGCCCUGCUUUUCUUUCAUGGGAAAGUCGUUUGAGGAUAGCCUCGGAAGUUGCAGGUUCAUUGGCCUACUUGCAUGCUGAGGCUUCCAUACCCAUAAUCCACAGAGAUGUUAAGUCAAGUAAUGUACUUCUAGAUGACGAGUACAGAGCAGAAGUUUCAGAUUUCGGUGCUUCAAGGUUGAAUCCUACUGAUCAAGCUCAGUUAAGCACAAUUGUUCAAGGUAAAGAAAUAUUUUCUCUAGACAGACCUGAAGAGGACAGAAAUCUUGCAAAUUAUUUUAAUUCUUCUAUGAAAACCAACAGGUUGUUUGCGAUUCUCGACAGUAGUUUGGUACAAAAUGAUAAUGAACGAGUCAGUAGUGUGCAUGGACACCAACAAAUCCAACAAACGGCUGAACUUGCACAAAAAUGCUUAAGAAUGAAAGGAGAGAAUCGACCUACAAUGAAAGAAGUAGCAAUGAUAUUACACGUAUUGAUGGUGAUAUCUUCUAGUUACCAUGGCAUCCUGGAUGAGGAGGAUACAAUGCAUACAAGCAGAGGAGAACACAUGCUCUUGUUGGAAUCAGCUGAACUACUAUCUUACACUGAUAGUAUAACAACAAUUGGUGAUAGCAUCAAAAGGAUAUCAGCAUUAGAAACUGAGGGACGUUAA